AUGAAGCCCUCAACACUCCUCCCGCUCUCCGCAGCCCUCGUCGCCGCAGUCGACAUGGCGCCCUACAAACCCUCCGCCGGCGUCGACGUCGCCUUCGCCGACUUCGUUUCUGAAUACUACCGCACGUCAGAAGACAAAGCCGCCACCACAACGUUCACCAACUUCUGGCCCGCCUCCGGAAAGAUGAUCCUCGCGGGACGGACGUUUGAGGGCGCAACGGCCAUGCUGGGCGUCAAGCAGUCGCUGCUCCCGCCGACGGGCAACAAGUCGUGGUGGCAUCUGAUCCGCGGCGCCACGGUGGGCGGGGAGACGGAGACGGAUAAGACGUUUGUCGCGGAGAUUGUGGUGCAGACUACGUAUGUUGGGGGGAACUGUUCUCAGGCGUACGGAAGCGCGGCGUUUACGGUUCUGAAGGACGCACAAGGUACACCGAGGUUGGAGCCGCAUUCGGAGAGUUUGAGUGUGUACAACCUCACGGUCUCGACGACGGAUUCGCCCACGGAUAUUCCGUGCAGCAGUUCGUAG